AUGUUGUCGAGGAACGAAGCUGCUGUAUGGCUGGCGGAGCGCUUCGGCGCGGAGGAGACCUUGGGGCUCGUCGAUGGUGAUGACGUUGCCGUCUUUGACCCGCGGUCCAACGAUGCUGGCCCGAGGACCGAGCAGGCGCCCUCUUGCGGCAAGUGCGGGCGCUACGUGCGUGUGCAAGUGCCCCGGUGUGGACACGCGUUGUGCAACGAGUGUCUCGCGCGGGUCGUUCAGCAUGCACGGAACUUUCCUCUCAGGUGCGAAAGCCGCGGUUGUGGCGAGCUGACGCCGGUGCAUAUGCUGCGCGCCGCUGCCGGGGCAGGCGCAUUCGAGGCGUGCUUGCGCAGGGCGUUCCAGGCUCAAGGGGUUGCGUCGAGCAACCUUGCUUCCUGCACUAUGAACUAG